AACGGAACAGUCAGUUUCGAUUCAGCGCCCGCUUAGUAUACAUGUGAUGUGUAGAAGCCGCGCUCCGCACACCGCCGUCCGCACGUAAAGAUGAUUUAAUAGCGUACGCGUACGUUUCGUGAAAACGGUCCGAUCAGUUUUUUUUUUAUUUUCAUUUCGUCCCGAUCCCCGAUCAGUUUUUAAGUGGUUACUUGGUAAAUUUAGUGCGUCCGAUUAUUAUUGUACAGUUUCCAGUUAUGGAUACGACACUUGGAUACCGACCAGCUUCAGGAUUAUGUUCGGACUCAGUUGUUAUAAGCACCCCGAGACAAAGGAGACCCCUAUCAAUGAUGAUUCACCUGCUGGUGUUCACGUUGCUGGUCUCGACGGCCACAGCCCUCCCCUGUCCGGGCGGCUGCACCUGCAACGAUGAAACCUACGUGGUGACCUGCGAAAGGGGCAAGCUGGACGUGAUCCCCAUAACCCUGAACCCCGCCAUCCAGAGGCUGGUCCUCAAGAACAACAAGAUCAAAACGGUGGACGCCGCCUUCCAGUUCUACAGGGACCUGCAGUACGUCGACCUAUCCAACAACCAUCUGGUGAACAUACCCACCAAGAGCUUCAUCAACCAGGUCAAGCUGCAGGAGCUGCACCUGAACAAGAACAAACUCUCCUCCAUCAACAACAACACCUUCCAAGGGCUGAAAUCGUUGACGGUUCUCAAUUUGAGGGAGAACUUCCUGGAGGAGCUGCCCCGCGGGCUGUUUUCGAUUUUGCCCAAGCUGGAGGAGCUCAACCUGGGCCAGAACAGGAUAUCCAAAAUCGACGCUUACGCGUUCGAGGGACUGAUGGCGUUGAGGGUCUUGUACUUGGACGAUAACCAGCUGACGUCCGUGCCCACGCCUUCGUUCAGCGUGCUGGGCAGCCUGGCCGAGCUGCACGUCGGUCUAAACGCCUUCUCCACACUGCCCGACGACGCGUUCAAGGGCCUCGAGAAGCUGUCCGUCUUGGAUCUGAGCAGCGCCGGACUGUCGAACAUCAGUCAGAACGCGUUCAGAGGGCUGAACGGUUUGCGGGUGCUCAAUUUGGCCGACAACAAGCUGCAACACAUCCCGACGCCGCAGCUGUCGCAUCUGUCGCGGCUGGAGGAAUUGAUGAUCGGCCAGAACGAGUACACGGUCAUAGAGAAGGACGCGUUCAAGGGGCUCACGAACUUGCGAAAGUUGGACGUGACCAGCGCGACGGAACUUCAGGCGGUCGAAAAAGGCGCGUUCACGUCGAACUUGAACAUCGAGACCAUCAAUUUCGUGAGCAAUAAGAAGUUGGAUUCCAUCGAGGACGGCGCCCUUGUGGGAUUGCCGAACUUGAAACACCUGAUAUUGAAGGAGAACGCCCUGAAGUCGUUGUCGGAGGCGAUGGUGUCGUACAGUGAGCUGCACUCGUUCGAACUCACUGAUAAUUUGAUUCAUUGCGACUGUCAGCUGUUGUUCCUGAGCAAUUUGAUGUCGGUGAAGAUGAAGAACAUGACGGUGCAAUGCGCCACGCCUUUGCAGCUGAAGGACAGGCCGUUGAGGAGUUUGACCGCCGACGAUUUGGGAUGUUCCUUCACGGACCCUAGACAGCAAGCCAUCUUGGUUACUUUGUGUGUUAGUGCCAUCAUCCUGCUGGGUGGGUUGGGGCUUUUUCUUUUUCGUUACCGGCAACGGGUUCGUGAGGCUCUUAAGGACUACAAGUGGAAUAAGCGAGCCAUUAGUAGGAAGGAGCACGAAUACCAGAAGACUUUCUCCGACGAUGAUUAUAUUAUGCGCACUCAACAUAAUAUCAAACCUAUACCGGUGACGGAAUUGUAGCUAGAACUUAGCGCGCCACCCUCUGGGGUGUUCUGUCUAGACGGAGAGGGACGGCGUGCUAGGGCUCCAAGGGGCCAAGGGGGCACACUUCCCGCCACCGGGUUUACCUACAUGACCGGAGAUUCGUGCAGGGCCCACUCAAUGAGGGCCCUGAACGACACCAGGAACGGAUUGCCGCGAUGCCACAGGGACAUCUACCAGCACUAAUACGCCCCCCAACAGUGCGAGUGCGAUCCUGCAUGCAAUAACUAUUUUGAAUCCAUUCCACGAUGUGAUUUUUACGAAAUAUAGAGACUGUACAGUAGCCGCUAAGUAUAUUUUUCUCGCUGUCAUGGAUAUUAUUAAACUAUCAAUGGUGCGAUUGACGACGAUUGCUUGGGAGAUCUGCAAUACACCGUUUCGAUUGAUCCUAAAAAAACCAGUGAUUGACGAGAUCGUACUUAAUGAAAGCUCGUACUUGUCCUUAAUUGACUGAAUUUUUUGAAGGACUUUUUCUGGAGAUACCAGAGUCCAGCCCAGCCAAAACAUAAACGGCGUUUAUGACUUGGCUGGAUUGAAAAGGGUCGCUUCCUGUUUGUUCUUGAAUUAUUGUGAUAAAACUGUCUGAUGUAUGCAGAUUUCUCGUUAAUCGUCUCACACACUCACAAAUAUAAAUAUAUAUGAAAAACGUAUAAGUCGUAUUUAGGGUAUUGUAUAAAUCAAGAUUUUGAGUGAUUUAUAUUUUAUAUCUGUUGCGUAGUCGCAGUGUAAUCCAAGCGAUUGGCACACCUGUCCCAUGCGGCCUUCGGUGCUGGAAAUCUCUUGCGUUAUAAUGCGACGUACCUGUCAUAAAAAAAGAGUGAUGUUGACGUGUAAAUAAAGUAUAUAAACAAAUUUGUGAUAUUUUAUGACUGCAUAUGUAGGUUCCGUGUUGUAAACUCGAACUAGACCGGGACAUUACUCCCAAUAGAUUUCCAUGUUUGUGUUCGAUAUUGUUUCUGUAAACAUUUUGUUCCGGAUCUGGUUCUGUUAAGCCGGGCCUAAAUUUGAAGUUAUACAGAUAACACUCUAUACGAUCUUUUUAUGAGAUUUUGCAUUUUCAAAAUUGUUUUGAAAAUGCUUAAAUCGCUGUAUAUACAUGCAAUAUUUCUAUACAUAUUUGUAUAUAUUUUAAACUGACAAAAAAAGUGUAGAAAGUAUUUAUUAUAAUUUUUUUAAAUGUACGAGAGGUAUUUAAGAAAUAUUGCAUUCCGAAUGGGUACUUUAUCAAGUACGGGUGUGAGUGAGGACACUGCAUUUUAUAACUUAAUUGUAACAAACUUAGUUUUGUUGGAAUUAAGAUUGCUUAAUGUAGAUUUGUUAUUUGUUUCGAUAUUUUAUUAAUUCUUUCGUAAAAAAACUGUAUUAUUUGUUUUUGUUUUUUUGGUAUUUAUUUUAAAAUUUUGUGUAAUGAAGCAGCUGAACACAAUUCAUGAAACUAGUCAUAGUAAAUUAUUAUAGAAUGUGAGAAUGUUUAUUUUGUAUUAUGUGUGUAAAAAUUAUAAGUGCAUUUUAUAUUGUAAAUAAUAUAGUGUUUUGUACAUAUUGACUUUAUCUUAACUAUCAUACUUAUUUACAAUAAACUACUUCGGAUCUUA